ACAGUAUUCUCACGCAUCUUCUCAUCACGGCUACUGUAUCUAAGAACCAGAGUGUUAUAUCAACAUCUCUCCUUUCGCCAACCUAUCAACACACAAAAGCCCUCACGCAAUAAUGUCGUCUUCUCCUGAUAACACCAAAACCUCCACCACUACCUCUACAAACUCGCCACCACGCUAUUCAACCACCGCGCCUCCUCCCUACAACACAUCCGAUGCGUGCUCCCUAGCAUCCAAAAGCUCAACAUCCAAGAGUUUCUUCUCGAAGAUGUUGCCCCAGAAAACACCGAAAGUGGCGGCAGAGGGAAAUAGCAUAAUGCAACAGAAGGUUGACGCGGAAGAGACGAAGCAGGCAGCAAGGGCAUUUUAUUUUUGUUAGAUGGAUUUUUUUGGGUAGGAGAUAGGUUGCAGGUAGAGAGGGAUCUAGGAUUAAUGAUGUAGGAUUGCAUGUUUGAAAUGCGGUAAUAGCACUCAUAACGGUUUUACUUAUUUAUGCUAUACAUGUAGAGUGAUGUAAAA